GUGUGGAUGGAUUGAUAAAAGAUGGUGAAAGGUCUGAUAUAUCCUGUUCACUAUGCAUGGCAGUUAUGCAGCUGUUAGAUGAAACAAUCACUGAUCCAACCAACGAACAACAGGUUAUCAAUUUUCUGGACCAAAUCUGUGGGUUUCUUCCUGUAGAAAUUCAAGCUGAAUGUCACGCACUUAUAAUGGAAUAUGUUGAUGAUAUUAUAGAACUACUAGUUAAUGAAUAUCUGGCUCCUGCUGAUGUUUGUGACGCUAUAAACCUUUGUCCUUGAUUUACAGAAUUUUUAAAUAAAACUUUAAUUGCAAAUACCAAAAAGCACA